UUUUUUAAGUCUAUUUAUCUUUCAUAGGUUAUACUCCUCGAAAGUUCUGUAAUUCUCGACUCUGCCCACCUAUCUCAGUGCUACUAUCAGUGGCCUAUUAAGUUUUCGUUUUGGUUUCAAUUCAGCGACCUCCUAUUUGUGAGAUACCUUAUCAGUGAACCAUACCUUGGUAUGUUUUGAUUUCUCUCCCUGUAUCUUUCAUCUUCACUAUCAGAGGAGUUAUUCACAGUAUUUUGAACAUCACCAGUUAGCCUCAGUCCCAGUGUCCAUUACUGAUGAAGAAUGAUUGAGCUAGUAUAGUCAAAGCUUUGCUCAGUGAAAAUGGAAACUGAUACAUCUUGGACAAAAGGAGAUUCAUCAGUCAGUCUAAUUCGUAAACCUGCUUACCUGUCUUACAUACAGUCCCUUUUAUAUUUGUGCCGUUUUGGAGCACGGGUCUUCCAUCGUCAGCUCCUCACAUGAGCAUCAUGGAAAUGGCUAAUACAAGCUCCCAUUGGGAUGACACCCUCUCGAAUAUGUCAUCAUGCUCUUCGUCACUGGAGGAAUCGACAACCUCCUCAACAUAUACGUCGACCUCAGACGAAGGCGAGGACUAUGGUGUCAAAAUGGAAGAGUGCGAUUUGGAAGGAGUCCGUCUUCUUCUUCCACAGGAGCUGUGCGAAGACCCAGCAAUAUUCAAGGAGAUGUUUAAUGCUGGGUUGUGGAAGUCGUUAAGUGAAGAAAACAAGAGGCAUUUAUUGAACUUUUUCCCAUCGUUCCCGCAAAAUGACAUGCAAGAAAAAUCAAAAACCCUGCAAAAACUCUUAAGCGGUGAAGCCUUCCAGUUUGGUGUCAACCCGUUAACGGACUUCCAUGAAAAACUAAGGGCCGGGAAUUUCAGUCCUGAUAUCGCCAGAGUUCGAGCUUUGCUCAAACGGGCACAGUACAAGGACUACAAACAAAGUCAGAGACGCUACUACUUUCAACUAAUGAAAAAUAUUUUACUGUCUCGACAUCGGUUACUCUCUGCGGCAGCCAGUUUGCCCCCAGGUGCCCCCCUUCCACGGUUGCAGCCGGUCGGCCCAGCCUCCUCCUCUUCAACUUCCUCUCCUAUAUACCAAAAGGUCCGCCACAGGUAUUUCAAGGAGCUGGAAUCAAUUAAACAAGAAAUAGGUGAAUCUAGUCAAAGUUCAGAAGACGAAAGUUUUCCAGAGGGACCUCCUCCGAAGUUGAAUAAGAAGCAAAAACGGCAAUUACUCCAACUUGAACAAUGUCUUAGUCCAGACAUGAACCCUGUGACAUCAACACUGGUGCCUAAAUCAACAUCUUUUGACCUCAUUCGUUCCGUCAACUCCUCUUGUAAUCCCUUUGAGGUCACUGAAGAUUCUUACCGAGAAAUGCUUCUUGCUCACAAACGGAAGAAAAUGAAUGGCGUUGUCAAGACAAAAGUACCUAAUCGUUCCCAGUUAAAGCGGCCAAGUAGUAUAGACCUCCAUGCCAAAGGCGGCGUUGUUGUAAAUAAAAAACAAAACGUUAGAAGUAGUGAACCUAGGCCUCAGAAGAGGGCACACAAAUCAAAGUCAUCACUGAUGCCUGUAAAUCCAAAAAUUAGCUCAUUAGAUAUUGAAAAUUGUGAAUCGGAAGGGGAUGAAAAUGCUCUUCCCUCUAGUACGCUUUUAGAUAUUGAAGGUGAUUCUUCGUCUUCAUCUUAUCUACCUGGGAUGCCCAAGUCCAAAAGCAAAACAAAGAGUUUUACCGUUGAGUCGACCUCAAGGGAUACUGGUGGCAGAGUUACCGAAUCAAAUAUUCAGCAAAGUUCAAGAUUACCUGUUGGUCCACCACCGAUGUAUCCCAAUCUUGGAAGUAUCAACAUGAUGGACUUGCCUGUUGACAUCGAUGAGAGUAGUCAAAUCGAUGUUGAAGAUAUCAAACCUCUUCCUGAGCUUCUGAAGAAGACUCACCCGUGUUACUUCUCCUUAAUUCGUGAUAUAUUUUGCUCAACGUGGGAUCAUAGACUCGGGUUGUUACCUCUACGAGAACAACUUCAGCAAUGGUCAGAAAGUUCCACAUCUCUCCUGAACAGUUGGUAUUCACUGGCCAAAUGGACAGAGUUGCUGCCCUCAGCCCUGGCUUUCUUAACUGGGGAAUCAACUGAUUGUUUACCGGAUGAGUUUGUGCCAUACGUGGAAUACAAACCUGCGUGUGAUGCCUACCAGUGGAUCGGUGCCGGUCGUGACUCCGAUGCUCGUCUUCUAUCCUUGUAUCACUUUUGGAUGGAAAGGCGGGAGAAAUCCUCGGCACAAUCAAAUAACCUGGACGUGGAAAAUGUCAAAGAAGUGAAAAGAGAGCCCUCGCCCCUACCUCCUCCCGCACGAUGUCAAACAUCAUGGGUUGUCACACCAGCCACUCCUGAAGAGCGGGAAUCCUUUAGAGAGCAGGAAAGAAGGCGCUUUGAACAACCUCACCGAGCAUUCACUUACAGGAUGCAUGGGUAUGAGGCCAUUGUCGGUCCUGUGAGGGGGAUGUACAAUGCCGCUGCAGGUGGUAAAUCACCCAGAGGGCAUUCGCUAUUAGUUCAUGAACGGCCGAAUUAUGUUACCAUUUUAACUUUAGUUCGUGAUGCUGUGGCCAGGCUUCCUAAUGGCCAGGGAACACGGGCAGAUAUCUGCACACUGUUAAGGGAUUCACAGUACUUGAACACGCAAGUCAAAGAUACUGAUGUUCAGAAUGUUGUGAGUGGUGCUUUGGACAGGCUCCAUGCGGAGUCCGACUCAAGUGUUAAGUACGAUUCUACGAGGAAAAACUGGAUUUAUCUACAUCGAGCUCGAUCAGAAGCAGACUUUGAAUUGGUUCACAAAGAAAUGCAAGGCAUGGCCAAAACAAAGGGUCCAAAGAAAAUGCAAAGGGUGAAAAAAGAUUCAGCAGCGAAAGAAGCAGGAGAAGGCAGUUCAACCACAACCGUUUUGAGUUCUAAAAAAGCGGACUCAGUCGCCGAUAUUCCUUCAACUCCUGCGUCACCAAGUAUGACAAAACCGAAGACUAUCAAAACUUUAGUGCCAAAUCAAAAUGCGAUUGCUGCCGCUGCUGCUGCUGCUGCGUCAGUCGCCACAGCAGAGCCAACAGUGCCAAGCAUACCUGCACAGUCGCGGCCAGUUACGGAUCCUAAACCAGUCCUUGUGAAGAGAAGUUCUGUGCCAAAGAAACCAAAGCUCUCGCAAGGAGCCAUCAUGUCAAAACUGCUCAAGGAAAAAUCCUUAAAUCCUGUGCCUAAGCCACUCAGUAAAGCUAAGCUCAAAGCUCUGGAAGCAGCAGCUAAAAUGGAAACGAAAAAUUUCAAUGCUGAUGAUAAAUCUGUGGUCACUGAAGAUGUGAAACCAGUGAAAAAAGUCAAAAGCACGCCUAAUAAACCAAACUCAACACCGACUUCUGAUUCGAUGACAAUUGUUGCGAACAUUGUGAAUAAGAAGCAAGAGGGUAGUGGGAACACUGUAUUAAAAGUAACAAACCAAGGUGCUGGAGGUCGUACGGUGGUGGGUCAGACGUAUGUAACCCCACAGCAGUUGAUGCUCAUUAAACAAGCGCAUCUACUAAAUAAACAACAACAGCAAGCAACGAGUGAUGCUCAGAAACAGCCGCAAAUGAUUGUCAUCAAUCAACAACAAAAGGUGCUAGCAGAUCAGUUGUCGCUGAAGCAUCAAAAACAGCUACAGCAAUUGUUAUUGAAGCAGCAACAGCAGCAGAAACAGCUGCAACAACAACAGCAACAACAACAGCAACAGUUACAGCAACAGCAACAAGAACAGCCGCAAAUUCAACAACAGCAGCAGCAGCAGCAGCAAGGGCAACAGCAGCCGCAUCAAGAACAACAGCAAACCAAGCAACCGCAACAAGCAAAACAACAACCAAAACAGCAGGUUCAGCAACAACUGAAACUGCAACAACAGCAACAACAACCAAAACAGCAGAAACAACCACAGCUACAGGUAGUCCAACAGGCUCAGCAGCCGGAAACUCAGGAGGCAUCUGAGGCAAAGCCAGCACCUGAACCAAAACCACAAACGCAAACACAGCAAAUCAACUUAUCGUCACUACAGCCAGCUCAGAUACAGCAGUUACUGCUAGCAAAGCAGCAGUUAUUGGAGCAACAACAGAAGCAGGGAAUUAUCACAACAGCUGGUGGCAAACAAAUGAUAGUCCUGAAGCAAGGGCAACAGCUAAUCACAGCUGAUGGCAAGACAAUCCAACAGCAGCAGCCAAUGCAGCAAAUGAUAAUCGUGAAAGGUUCAUCACCGGAUAAAACGCAAACAACAACAACAAUCAGUCAGCAGCAACUGCAGCAAUUACUCCUCAAACAACAACAGCAGCAGCAGCAACAACAGCAACAGCAGAGCGAGGGUAAAACAUCAAUAACAACCACUGUCAGCCAGGCGCAGUUGCAGCAACUUCUAGCAAAGCAGCAGUUCAUGGUACUCAAACAGCAAGGGAAACAAGGGCAAGGGCAGAUAAAAUUAGUCCCAUCAGGCACAACGGUGUCUGGUCAACCUCAAAUUAAGCUGACGCAGACAAUAUCCACAGCUCAGUUGCAGAAAAUGCAGCCUAGGAUAAUCUCAACGCAGAAACCUCUGACACCUGUGUCCACGACUGUCCAAGCCAUAAGCUCAACAAGCAGUCCUCUAGCAAGUGGUACGAACAUCAUCAAACCAGUUCAGUCUGUCAUGACGAAGGUUGUCUCCAACGCUCAAACAGAAUCGGUCGUAACAGUGGGAAAUCUCCUGGCGAACCAAAAGCAGCAGACUGUGAUAUCUUCCGAUGGAAGUAUACGUGUAGCAGACAAACCAAGUAUAGGUUCUCAUCAGUAUACAGUUGUGUCGAUGGGAGAGGGUCAGUCAAGGGUCAUUCAAUCAACUCAGUUGGUUCAGGCAAGUACAAAUCUGACAAAUGCACGGAACAUUGCGACGAAAACAGCAAAUUUGCGGGUUCUGCAAAGUCCGACAAGUAUCAACCUUGCUCAGCUCGCUGGGAAACCUGUCAUUCUUUCCCAGAAAACUCAAGGCAUCCAAGGCCAGAACAUGGUCAUAGCUAGCAGUAGCGCAAAUACAAGUGGACAGCAAACUAUUCUGCUACCACAAAGUAUUAAGCAGCCAAGCGGUAGUAACACAGUGACAGUUUUGCAGUCCGGAGGUGUGCCACAACAAAUAUUGUUGCCAGCAGGUUUUCAAGGAGGUACCCUAAAUAUCAAAGCUCUUCAAGGUCUCAAAGUGAUUCCUGUGGCCCAGUCUACCCAAGUACAAAAAGGUCAACGCCAAAUGUUCGCUCGAAUAAUUAGUCCAGACAGCACGACCAAAAUCAUCCCGGAGCAGACGAACCUUAACAACUCCCAAGUUGCUGAACAGAGUGAGUGAGAGAUGCCUCUCCAUGUUUCACUCUAAUUUGUAAUUUUGAUGGAUCUGCGUAUCUAUGGUCAGCAUGCAUGGUCAAAGAAAGUCAUUAGCCAUCAUGGCCGUAUCCUAGUACUGCUUUCUCAAUUAGCUCCAAAAGGAUGCUGUUUUCACUCUAUUUUGUGGUGUAGAUUCUAAUCAAGCUUGUGUUGCAUACUGAAAUGCUCUGCACAAGUCAAACAUCCUCUAUCAGCAAAUUUGAGUAUUUUCUUUUUUUUUUUUUUUUUUUGCUUCUUGCGUUAACUUGGUUACAAUAUAAAUAAUCACCUUUUUUGUACUUAAAUUAGGUGAUCAUGCCGUAGUAUAACACUUGAAAUGCCUUGUACAUUCUCAGUUCAUACAUAUUAAUCAGAGUGAUUUAUAUUGUUGCCUAGUUGACUCUGUCCACUAAACUGUUUUACCCUAGCAAGGAUCAUUUAAGAUCAGUAUUCUCUUAGAGUUUGUGCGGUUAAAAUUAUGAGCCGAUACUCUGAAAGGGGAAAUGUACUUAGUUACAACAGGCUGCUUGCUAUAUUUGGAAUACUAGAUCGUUUUGAGACUUUUUAUUAUAAUUGAAAAAUGUUUUGGCAGAGAAAAAGCUUUUCUCUAAUACAACAUUAUUAAUAAUUCAAGCAUCCAACAUUUGCAUGUGUGCCCCUUUUCUCUCAUGCUGUAAAUGCGGGCUGCUAAAUAUAAGCUACACAGAUUGAGAGUUUACUUAUUUGAGAUUUUUGCAGAAGAGACAUCUCUUAAGUAUCCUCAAAAUAUGUGUUUCCAAAGUCAGAAGUUUACUUUCUAGGCAUCUAGGUUGUGCCAUAAAUAGAUCAACAAAACUUGACGAAUUUUUAGAAACGAAAAGGAACUUAAAUAUUUUUGAUUGUGAAAUCUCUUUUAGGGAUUCAAAAGAAUGUUUUCUUUGCAUCAUUUAUAGCAAAAAUUUAAAAAAUUUCUGACCAAUUAUACACGCCUCUUGUUAAGGCUUUAUCAGUAAUUUUUUUCUUUUUGAACUGUAUCAACAUUUUUUUCACAUAUCAUCAGAGGAACUGAAAAACUGUGACCUUCCUAGUUAUUUCUGUCUUAUUUUAUUUAACGUAAAAGAAACCUUAUUGUCCUUAAUUGUUUUAAACUUAAUGUUUAAAUUCUGCAUUAUUUUUCUUUUCCCAGUUUCUUUUAGAAAUGAAAUAAGAGAGGAAAUUUGGAAACAUAGCAAUUUAAGCACUUCGUUUUUUUGUCUCAUCAUUGAUGUGUAUUCUCUUCUCAGGUAACUAGCAGGAAAAAAUGAAAUACGCAACGAAUACUGAGGGGCGUUACAUAAUUUCAACAGAUAUUAGAUAGCACCACUGCCAAAUCCUCCAAAAUAUCAGUUGCUUUCCAUGCUACACAGUGGCAUAUUCGUGUAAACAUUGUAAUAUAACUCUGACUCAGGGGUAAGUUUUAAUAAAUGAAAGGUGGCAAUAUUGUAACAGAGAACAUGUACCUAAUUUGCCAUUUUAGUUGUGCUGGUGAAUUGUAUUCACUUUCUGACCUCUCAUUACUGCUCCUAAAAGAAAUGGUCUGUGACCAUAAGAUGAAGUAGAAAUGCAAGGACAGUUGAAAUAGUAUAACUAUUUGUUUGAACUAUGGGAAAA